UGUCUGUGCGCUCGCGCUGUGAGGCUGCAAAGACAGAGGCGCGCGCACGCUCGCUCCUUUAAAACAAAGAGACCCAUCAACAUCAUCCACAGUGCACCAGCAGAACCCAUACCAGGAAGGCCAACAGGAAACAUGACUGAAAACGGAACCAGCGACAUGCUUAAAAUCCAGUUCGGAUUGAUCAAUUGUGGGAACAAGUACCUCACGGCUGAAACGUUCGGCUUCAAGAUCAAUGCAUCAGCCACCAGCAUGAAGAAGAAACAGAUCUGGACCUUGGAGCAGGACGGUGAUGACUCAAACAUGUUCUACCUGAAGAGCCAUCUGGGGAGGUACAUCGCAGCUGACAAAGACGGCAACGUCACGGGUGACAGCGAGACCCCGAGCGAGGAUUGUCGGUUCGUAAUCACUGCACAUGAUGAUGGGCGCUGGUCACUGCAGUCUGAGCCUCACAAGCGCUACCUGGGCGGCACCGAGGACAGAAUUACCUGCUUCGCUCAGACCAUCUCCAUCGCAGAGAAAUGGAGCGUGCACAUUGCCAUGCACCCGCAGGUCAACAUCUUCAGCCUCACCAGGAAAAGAUACGCGCACUUGAGCUCUGAGCAGAACGAGAUCGCCAUUGACCGAGAUGUUCCCUGGGGCGUUGAUUCCCUCAUCACCUUGGUCUUCCAGGACCAGAGGUACCACCUACAGACCUCCGACAACCGCUUCCUGAAGAACGACGGAAGCCUGUCCCAGAAGCCCGACAAGACCACGGGAUACACUCUGGAGUUCAGGUCCGGGAAGGUUGUCUUCAGAGAUUGCACUGGGAAGUACCUGGCUCCCUCUGGUCCCAGUGGAACCAUGAAGUCCGGCAAGAGUUUGAAGGUUGGCAAAGACGAGCUUUUUGUUCUGGAGCAGAGCCACCCUCAAGUGGUCCUCACCGCUGGCAACGACAGGAAUGUGUCCACCAGGCAAGGCAUGGACCUCUCUGCCAACCAGGAUGAAGAAGGUGACCAGGAGACCUUCCAGAUGGAAAUCAGUAAGGACACGAAGAAGUGUGCCUUCAGGACCUGCACUGGCAAAUACUGGACCCUCACAGCUAACGGUGGCCUCCAGUGCACCGCCUCGACCAAGUCUGCUAACUGCUAUUUUGACAUUGAGUGGCGUGGGAAGAAGAUAACCCUGCGUGCCGCCAAUGAAAAAUAUGUGGCUGCCAAAAAGAAUGGACAGCUUGCUGCCACUAUUGACUCAGCAGGUGAGAGCGAGGAGUUCCUGAUGAAGCUCAUCAAUAGGCCCCUCAUCGUGCUGAGAGGGGAGCAUGGCUUCAUUGGCUGCAGGAAGGUGACGGGCACCCUGGACUCCAACCGCUCCUCGUAUGAUGUCUUUGGGUUGGAGUUUAGAGAUGGAGCCUACAGCUUACAAGACUCCACAGGGAAGUACUGGAUGGUGGCCAGUGAAUCGAGCGUGAUCAGCAGUAGCGACACCCCGGUGGACUUCUUCCUCGAGUUUUGCGACUACAACAAAGUGGCCAUCAAGUCAGCCGAGGGGAAAUAUCUCAAGGGCGAUCACGCAGGUGUUCUGAAGGCCAACGCCGAUGAUCUGGACGCCUCCACUAUGUGGGAGUACUAAAAGCACUUAAGUAACCACUGUGGCUUUUUCUUUCCAGUUUUUUGUUUCUUUUUUCCCCUUUCUGUUAUGCAUUUUGAAUAUGGUUUUUGAAUAUGAGUGAGCACAGGGGCCAAUAGCAGAGAAAAACCUAAAGGUGAAGGGGCUUACUUUAGUCACGUAUACUCUAUUAUGUCUAAAUACUCCAGUGUUUGUGUGCCACAACAUUACCGCAAUGUUGCGCGGUUUUUAUUGACGACGAGUGGCCACAACUGGGACUUCUGGGACUUAACUGGCAUCCAAAUUUGUGUUGUGUGGUUCAAGCACACCUUGUGUCAUCUCUUAAUCUGUCCUAAUAUUUGACUGGCAUUCAAAUCGGUCCACUCUCUGGAAGG